UUCAAUCCAGUUCAACACAGGGCUUGAGUGAUCGGGGCUAAAGAGAGAGCUGUUUAUUUACAGUUUGGUUUUAGCUUAAUUACCAUUGUGGCUCUAUUGAUCUGUCUGUAUCUGAAGUAUUGAUCUGCCUGUUUGAAGAGUUCAAGAGCGCUUUUAUACUUCUGAAUUCUAUCCUGAAAUCUGUAAGUUUAGGGCACCUUGAGUGCACUCUACAUCUGCUUAAAGCUACCAGCAGCAAUCAGGAUGUAAUUAUUUUCGUAUUUGUAGCAAGUUGUUAUUAAGCAAAAAAUGUAACUAGGUUUUAUAAAUUCUCUUCUGUAAUAUUGUUUGUAUCACAUUUUUAGAUCUUAUUUUUCAGACCAGCCUCUGUUUUUUUUCCUGUAAGCUACUUCAGCACGUUCUGCUUUAGACCUUGAAAUGCCGUAACAUUUCAUGAAAUCAUUCACAGAUGAUUGUUUUUUCAUAUUGUGGAUGUUUAGGGAUGCCUUGAGAUUGCAGUGUUGGUGGACUUUUUCAGGGUCACAGGGAAACAACAUGGGUUCCAGAGCAAGAGCUGGAGGGACUUUACACAAAGAGUAGUGGGAGACUGGAAGCCGAUGCCCCAUAUUGUUGGCUGCAUAGAAGUCGUAGAUUGAUGAAUCAGCUACUUGUACCUAAGCAGAGUGGACUGAAUGGAGUCCAUUCAUCUGUAAUCCAUCUCUCUUGUGAGGCUCACACCACGAUAGGAGGGUGAAGAUGUUUUGCACUUUCCUGUGAUACCUGCUGCGUCCCAGUAACGUCUGUUUGCACAGUGGACCCCACAGUGGACUGCUGGCUGCCAGACUGGCACCACUCUCACUGACAUGGCUGCAGGGUCCCAUCACUGGUCACGGGGGUCUCGCUUUCGUAGUAAAAUAGGGUGGCCAGGUGAUGACAUUGCCCAGACAUGAAGCAACAGCGCCUGCUCCGCAGUGCUCAGUCUAUGUUCCCAUCGAGCUCCUUUUCUUAAGGAGUCAAUUAGGACCACAGUAUGGGUCUUGGUCACAUUUUCUUCCUUUAAAUGCUUUUGGUGCAAAUAUGAUCUUGCCGAUCCCAAGAAUAUUUAUAACUCAUUCAUAAAACAUUUUUUGCAUGUAGCAAAAUAGUGAUGGUGACUUAAUAUUCCUUGCCAUUAUUCAUGUGCAAUAUUGCUGUAUUAGGAAUUCUGGUAAUAAGGUUAUUAGAAACAACAGUACUUGCAGGGGCAAGAGUGGUUAAUUCUGGGCACUUUCACUAGUGCUGGUGAUCAUGUUUUUGAUUAAUGUAUUUAAUAUAAUGUAUGCAUCCUUGUGUAGUUCACCCCUUAUUACAUUUACAGCAAACAACUGAACUUUGACUGAAAAAUCAAUUUUUCCUAAAGAUCAUCAGGCCCCCAGACACUACUACUGUACUUGGAAAGCACAGAAGAACAAUCUCCCUUCGACCUGUGAGGACACGCUGUCCUCUCCAGGAUGGAAGCGCAAUGUCAGAGACACUCAUCAGUCAUGACUGAGUGGAAAUGAGCCCCUCUUCCCUCUGGCUUUUCUGCUCCUUCCGCUGUGCUCUCUCCCCUGAAGACCUAUAUCCUAGGGAUCAUCAUGAUCUAGGUUGUAUUCUUCCUAUUUCUAAAUGUUUUCCUGUCCUGCAUCCCUUACCAAAUGAGUUUUGAUCGGAGGGCUGUUAUCUUUCCCUGAAAAAGCCGAGUUUUACUUGAGUAUUGGGUGAGAAAAAAGUGUUAAUUGUAGACAAUGAUAGCAUUGUGUUUACAUAAAAUGAUAGUUUCUACCCAAAAGAUGCCUAAUUCUUAGUGUGCAGUGGUAGAUUAGAUUUAAGAAAUUGAAUAUGUUUAUGCAGUAAAAUAGCUUCCACGGGAUCACUGUUGAGAAUUUGGAUGUCAUUUAAUCAGUUGUGUAUAAUUGCUCUUAUGGGAUCACAUUGUUUUUGAACAAGCGUUGAUUUUUCCUGAAAGAAGAAGAAAAAAAGGGAAGAGGGGCUAAUUAAACAGGGUUUGGAGAUAAGAGAAAGUGUCUGACCGUGCUGUCACUUUUUUUGCACUAGCAAAAUAUAUCCUAACUGUGCUUCUUUUCCAUAAGAAUGAUUUCUGUGAAUGAGUAUGCCAUUUCAUUCUCCACUUGCUCUCACAAGGCAGAGUUGUUGGGCUGCAAUUAAUGUGCCCUGAACAAGUACAAGUAUUUGGAUAGUGCAGUAUAUACUGGGGGUUGUCAAUGUGAACUCAUUAAAAAGUACUGAUAAGUACAACUCUUAAGACUUUUGUAAUAAAGUCAAUUCAGUGUUGAACCUCUUAAUUUUGAAGGAGCAGAGAUAUUUGGACAAAUGGCUGGCAGGUUUCCUUUGUUGGGUAAUUUGGUGUAUAAGAGCCUGCCUCAGUUUGACUCCAGUGUUUGGAUUGGUAGUUUCAAAGUCAAAAUGAAACCCAAGAAUGUUCUGUUGAAGAAAAGCAAGCAAUUAUGAAGCUGAAAUAAAGGAAACGUGAUCAUAAUCAUAGUGUAGGAACAUAAGAAUGCCUCAGAAACUAGGCCUUUCUUAACGAAUAACAAAUUGUUGAAUUUGUGCUAGAAGAAGGAAACCACCGGUAUAAUUACCAGUCAGCCAAAAAUAGACUGGCCGAGAAAAGUGCAUUUGAAUUGGUCAAAAUUGUCCACUAAAACCCUGAAACAACUGUCCACAGUGCAGACGGUAGAGAGCAUCAUUUCACAGGCCGCACCGCAAGGUGACCCUCGUGGGUGCCAAGAACAGAAAAUCGUUUUCUCAGAAAGCCUGAGAUGAGCCAGAGUUUUGGAACAGAGCUGAAACCAAGAUGCGACUUGACCAGAGUGAGGGAAAGGCGGGAGCUGCAUGCCCCUGGGCCUGCUGCCUCUCCCCUCUUAAUCCAUGAUAAAGAAGACAGCUGUCUGCCCUUUUUUAAUCUGUCUGUUUUUUACCUGGCGACCCAAGCGCUCCUUCUCGCUGUCAAAGCUGGCGAUGUCAAGAGUGCCGAGUCCUCCUCCCCCCGCGGAAAUGUCAAGCGGGCCUGUGGCUGAGAGCUGGUGCUACACUCAGAUUAAAGUGGUGAAAUUCUCCUACAUGUGGACCAUCAACAACUUCAGCUUCUGCCGGGAGGAGAUGGGCGAGGUGAUCAAGAGCUCGACCUUCUCGUCAGGAGCCAACGACAAACUGAAAUGGUGUCUGCGAGUGAAUCCUAAAGGGCUAGAUGAGGAGAGCAAAGACUACCUGUCUCUAUACCUGCUCCUGGUCAGCUGUCCCAAGAGCGAAGUGCGUGCCAAGUUCAAGUUCUCCAUCCUCAAUGCCAAAGGAGAGGAGACCAAAGCUAUGGAGAGCCAGAGGGCGUACCGGUUUGUCCAGGGGAAGGACUGGGGCUUCAAGAAGUUCAUCAGAAGGGACUUCCUGCUAGAUGAAGCCAAUGGACUGCUGCCCGAUGACAAACUCACCCUCUUCUGCGAGGUGAGCGUGGUGCAGGAUUCGGUGAACAUCUCUGGCCAGAACACCAUGAACAUGGUCAAGGUGCCAGAGUGCCGGCUGGCGGACGAGCUGGGGGGCCUCUGGGAGAACUCGCGCUUCACGGACUGCUCCUUGUGUGUGGCUGGCCAGGAGUUCCAGGCGCACAAAGCCAUCCUCGCAGCACGGUCUCCAGUGUUCAGCGCGAUGUUCGAGCAUGAAAUGGAGGAGAGUAAAAAAAACCGGGUGGAAAUCAACGACGUGGAGCCUGAGGUGUUUAAAGAGAUGAUGUGCUUCAUUUACACAGGGAAGGCCCCCAACCUGGACAAGAUGGCCGACGACCUUCUGGCCGCUGCAGACAAGUACGCUCUGGAGCGCUUGAAGGUGAUGUGCGAGGACGCGCUGUGCAGCAACCUGUCUGUGGACAACGCCGCCGAGAUCCUGAUCCUGGCCGACCUGCACAGUGCCGAUCAGCUCAAGACGCAGGCAGUGGACUUCAUUAACUACCACGCGUCAGACGUCAUGGAGACGACGGGGUGGAAGUCCAUGGUCGUCUCUCACCCUCACCUGGUGGCCGAAGCGUACCGCUCCCUGGCGUCGGCGCAGUGCCCGUUUCUGGGGCCCCCCCGCAAGCGGCUGAAGCAGUCGUAAUGCGCGCCGCCCCCCUCUCCCAGUCUCCUCUCGUUCCCACCCCCGAUGUCCUCCUCAGCCGCUCCCUCCUGCUGCCCCGAUUUCAGCUUCCCUCCUCUCCCCGGACCCCCGGAAACGUGCACCAGUCUUUCCCGUGCAAAACCAGAGAAACGAGAUCUGCUGCGAUGCGAUGCUUUGGGAAUUCGCCGCCGAGAGGCGCAGCCGUGCUUCCUCCCUCUGGGGUGAGCCGGAGAGGAAGGUGUGGAUCGUGUCUCCACCUUGUGGAGAGACGCGCAGAAAUGGGCGAUUGUCUACAACAGGCCAGGCGAGCGACGGCAAGGGCGAAAAGAAACGGCCACUGACUCAGCCAGCCAGCCAGGGAAGGAAAAGCGAACAGGAAUUGGAAUUCCAGCAAUGGUCACCCUGUCUUCACGUCUGGGGCACCGAGUGCUGUUUUUAAACCGAUACAGGAAAAAAAAAAACUGUUUUUAACAGCGAGGAACGUGAUGAUAAAGAGAGCUUUUUUUUUUAAACAAAAAGACACGCACAAACUCAAAAAAGCAGCAAAAAAAAACCCAUCACCAGAGGCUUCAUGUAAAGCAAAAGCAAAGAGCGUAGCGCCAUUUUUAAACUUUGCACUAAUCUUCCUCUUUCCCUCGUGAUUCCAACCGUUUCCUGCCGUGGCGCAGAGCGAGGAGAAAGAAACGCCGGACAAUGGUAGCAACAGCGAAAGUGCUGGAAAGUAAAACAGACAAACCGGAACAUUUCAGCCAUUCGGACACAAGCAGUUCAGCCAGGGAUACUGAACAGAAGAGACAAAAUUAAGACUCUGGUCCUUUUUUUUAAGCCUUUGUCUUUUUUUCUUUUCAACAAGCAGGAAAUAAUGGAGAAGAAAAGUGUACACACAUUUAUGUGACAUCUUUGUAUCGGAAUUUUCUUCUAGUAGCACUUGUGUAUGGAAUUCAAGAAGGUUUCUGUACAAAAACAUGAAAAAGAGGCCACUCAAUUUAGGGUGAGAAAACGGUGAUGUCCAAAUGCCAGUAGGCCCAAUUCAGCACGUAGUUUCUUGUUUUUGUGUUUUUUUAGUCCUUUUCUUCUUGGUUUCAGAUGAGGAAAAAACCUUCUUAGUGAGUUUUUUUCUCACUGCAGUUUGUACAAAACGUUGACAUUUUGAGUGAAUAUGAAAGACACAGAGUUUUGUAUCUCUGAGUCUGGUUUUUCUCCAUAAAAAUUGGGAAAAAAUGUUUUGGUUUGGGAAACAAAAAAAAGAAAUGAACACGUUUUAAUGUUCAAGAUAUCCAAACUAUUUCUGUAAGAAAAAAACAAUCAAAAAACACUAUCAUAAGUGGUUUCUACAUAAACAGUCGACUUCAAUGUUCGAUCUUGAGAUGUUUUUUUCCCUUCCUGUUUAUAAAAUUAGUUGCUGUUCAGAAAUGAAAGAUACUUAAAUAGUUGUAACAACUUUUUUUUUGUUUUUGAAGAUAUAAAUUACAACUAUUUUGUAUUGUAUUG